AUGGAGAAAAGAUCUAAUUCAAGGAACGACGAUGAUCGUACUAGAGAUGGACCAGCUGACGAGACUCAAGGUACUUGUUCAUCUGCGUGUCAAGAGCCGACAACCUCGUAUCGAAAUCGUAUAGAUGCGGAUCAAUCCAAGACGCUCUCCGAAACCAGCAGUCACGAUAAAGUGCCUAGUAUAACCACUGGACUUCCCACUAUUUCUGACCAUAUCCCAGACCCAUACAUCCUGUCUCAAACCUCUACUCGCCAACCUAAGUUGCCUUCUAAAAUUCCAAGCACUUCAAAUGGCUCAAUCCAAAAUCGCUUGCUAUUAACUAGCAUCCAACCUCUUGCGAACUUGGCGACUUUCUCAUUGUUUUCAAAGUUUCCCUUUAAGAUACGACGAAUGAUAUGGAAAAAGACUUUGCCUAGCCCAAGGAUUAUUCUGAUACGGUCUAUUCUGAGCAAGUGGCCCCUUCGAAAUACCAUCAGACCUCUAAGAAAUUAUAAUACAUAUAAAUCUAAUUACGCUAUGCCAAAUGCAAUGCUAGCGUGUAAGGAAGCUUUAGACGUGAUCUUAGAAGAGUCUCAAUUGGUGCGAAAAGAAUUUAUCUGUAAAGAUAUUCCAGGACCAUGCCUGCAGAGCAAGAUUGUUUUGAAUUUCGAAACCGAUUCGAUAUACCUUGAGACGGACGACGAACUAGCGAACUCAGCUAUUCACUAUGCGAGAAGAUGGCGUCCCAUUGCAAUAUUUUUGGAUAUCUGGUUUGAUUUUCGGUUUUGGACAAAAAUCUCGCAUCUCAUCCUCUCAAUUCCUGAGGCGUACAAAGACAGAUACAAUAGCGAUGACUUUCGAAAAUAUCUCAGGAACAUAUUUGCGUUUAUUGAAGGACUGAUCCGCGUAACUUUCGUCCUUGCAGACAAGACAGAGCAUUUACCAUACGCACAGAGAGAUCUUGCAUUAGAGUACCCAAUGGAUAUUGACUACGCUCUGAAUUUAUACGCAAAGCACCCCCGGGAAGUGUCGCGCGAGGAAUCAUCGAGGCUUGGGGAUUGGCACAAAGAAUAUUCUGCAAGCUUUGUCGAUUUUGAUAUGGAUGCUCUGAGAGAACAUCCAUACCGGAAUGAUUGGACUUCUGCUAGGAGGCCGGUAAUUAUUCCUGGAGAUGCAGUUGUCGAUUUUAAAAUUAUAGUUGAAAGGGAGAAGUCUGAAGAGUUGGCGAGAAGAAAGGAAAGAUAUAAUGCAGUGAAGAGACAAAUUGCUGAAGAAGAAGAUAUAUCAUGGCAUGAUGUUUGCUAUGAGGGGCCUGCUAGGGAAAACCAGAUGAUGUUAUGA